AUGUUGUUCUUCAGCUUCUUCAAGACGCUCAUCGACACGACCGUCACCGUCGAGCUCAAGAACGACAUCCAGAUCCGCGGUACCCUCAAGAGCGUCGACCAGUACCUCAACAUUAAGCUCGACGACAUUACCGUCGUCGACGAGAUCAAGUAUCCUCAUCUGAGCGCCGUCAAGAACGUCUUUAUCCGCGGCAGUGUGGUCCGCUAUGUGCACUUGCCGGCGGCGGCGGUGGAUGUACCGUUGCUGGAGGAUGCGACACGGAGAGAAGCUGCAAACAACGCUCCAAAAGCCACGGCCGCCGCAAGGUAG